AUGAAGGUCUUCUCCAACACCUGCACGUUCGACUACUCCUGGGAGGAAGUCUCGACGGCCAACUGGCGCAAGUACUGCCCAUGGAACGAAAAGUCCACACACGUCAUUGCCGUCGACACCCUCUCGCGCACCGUCGACCCGGCCACCGGCAUCCUCCGCACCGAGCGCCUCAUCACAUGCAAGCAGAGCGUGCCCGACUGGCUGAAGACGGUGUUUGGCAGCGCCAUCUGCAACAACGGCGAGAGCCAGGUCUUUGAGACGUCCUAUGUCGAUCCCAACGCCCGCUCCGUCAUCAUGGUCAGCCAGAACCUGACCUGGUCCAACCUGCUGAGCGUGCAAGAGACGGUCGUGUACCGGCCCUCGGAGGCGGCGGCCAACCAGACCAAGUUUGUGCAGGACGCCAAGAUCACGGCGCUGUGCGGCGGCUGGCAGCGAAUCCGCAAUGCAAUUGAGGACAGCCUGGUGUCGCGGUUCCACGACAACGCCGUCAAGGGCCGCGAGGGCUUCGAGGCCGUGCUGGCCAUGAGCCGGCGCGUGUUUGCCGAGGAAAAGGAACGGGAGCGGCUGAUGUCGUCGGCGACGGCUGCGGCCGUGGCCGCCGCCGGCAACCCGUUCACGGUGGGUGCCGGCCAAGGCGAGCCGAUGAAGAUGGCCCAAUAA